AUGUCGCUGAGCAAGGAUGUUCCCCUCGAGGGUAAACCGCCCAACCACAAGCCCUCGCUCGAUGCAGCCAGCAUCCGCGAUAUCGAGGAGGUCGUUCUCGAUCCGAAGAAAGAGAGCAAGCUGCUGCUGAAACUCGACAUGGCCUUCGUGCCGAUUAUUAUGCUCACGUAUCUGUCCUGCUUCCUGGAUCGAACGAACAUCGGUAAUGUGAAAGUCGCCGGCAUGCCCGAAGCCAUCGGGGCAUCGGAGACUCAGUUCUCUACGGCCGUGUCCAUCUUCUACGUCACCUACGUCCUGCUCGAGGCGCCCUGGGCUGUGCUGAUGAAGAAGCUCACGCCCCGCAACAUCCUCACAGGUCUCUGCAUCGUCUGGUCAAUCGCCACCGUCUUCACCGGGUUCGUGGAGAAUGUGGGCGCGCUGUACGCCACGAGACUGAUCCUAGGGGCCUGCGAAGCGGGCCUUUUCCCCUGUCUGAACCUCUACCUCACGAUGGUGUAUCGUCGCGAGGAACAAGCCAAACGCGUCUCCUACCUCAUGAGCUGCGCCGCGAUCUCCGGCGCCGUAGGAGGACUAUUAGCUUACGGCUUGCUGCACAUGGAUGGUCUCGGAGGCAAAGCCGGUUGGCGCUGGGUCUACAUAAUCGAAGGCCUCUUCAGCAUCAUCUGCGCCUUUCUCAUCUGGUUCGGUCUACCCAACGACCCCGCGAACGCAUACUUCCUCACCGACGAGGAGAAAUGGAUGAUGCGCGUGCGCAACGAACAGCGCCGCAAAUACAUGGGCAGCGAGCAGUUCAGCUGGGAGGAGAUGCGCAUCGCUCUGCGCGACCCAAAGCUGAUGUUCAGCGCCGUGACCCAGUUCUGUCAGGAUAUUCUGCUCUAUGGGUUCAGCACCUUCUUGCCGACUAUUCUGCAGAGUAUCGGGUAUGAUUCGCUCAUGAGCAAUGUGCUCACCGUGCCGGUGUACAUGUGGGCUGCGAUCGUGUUCAUUGCGAUUGCGUGGUGUGCAGAUCGGUAUUCGAAGUUCUCGGUUUUCAUCCUAACAACUAACGUCUUCGGCCUCGUUGGCUACAUUAUCCUACUCUCCGUCUCCAACAACGCCGUCAAAUACUUCGCAACCUACCUCUGCGGCGUGGCGACAUACACCGGCGUCGGACUCAACGUCGCCUGGCUGAACGUCAACGUGGCGCCGCAAUACCGUCGCGCGCUGGCCAUCGGUCUCCAACAGACCCUCGGCAACUGCGCGGGGAUCGUCGCGGGCCAGGUCUAUCGCGAGUCACCUUAUGUGCUGGGGAAUGCAUUUUCAUUGGGCUCGUUGGCUGUCGCUCAGGGCGUGGUGCUCCUGCAUGCGUGGUAUCUUCGCAGGGAAGAUAAGGAGAAAGAAAGGAUUCUUGAGGGCAAGGAAGAUACGAGGAGGGUAAAGACGGGAGAUGCGGAGCUGGAUUUUAAGUAUCGGUAUUAG